GCCGUUGUUAACGUUAAGCUCGCCGUCCGUUGGUUGGGGUCGCAGCCGACGAGUCAACUCGUUGUUAUUUAGACUAAAUAAUAAUACACAUUCCUCCUGCGGAGGGAGCUGGUAGGAACGUUGGGUUGCUCGGUCAAUGGCCUGCAGGGUCAACGGCGGCGUGGUGUAUUCCGCAAAUAUGCCCGACUGUGAGGGCGGGCACAAGUCGGCUUGACAUGGAGACACGCAAGCUUGGAUCUGACAGCUCCGAAACCUUCCCUCCCAACGGGACAGAAAAUCUGCGGAAAUCCCGCAAACGCAAAGCCAGAGAUGACGAUGACGACAAUCGGGAGGAUGGUGAUGGCGAGCUUGCCAUGCCCGGCACCUCGUGGCACGGUCCGUGGACCUCUUCACGCGCCAACUUCAAGCCGAGCAUCCCGGCCAAACCCGAUCGACGCCAGCAGAAGCCGACGGAUGAACCGCCCGUGAAAAGGCGCGCCGUCGGCAAGCCCACCGCAUCGGCGACGAUGACCCGGCCAACGUCGGCUUCAUUGGCGGUUUCAGCCAAGAAGGGGGAGAAGUUGACAGCGCCCGGCAGUCCGGGUAGAGUCCUAACGCGCGCCGCGGUGGCGGAACUGUUGGAGCGUCGCUCGGAGCAUGUCCGUCGGUUCGAGGCGAGCGCUAGCGAGCGCGGUAGCGCUGUGAGACCCGCGGAACCGCGCGGCGUGGCCAGGCGGGAUUCGCAGGGCUCGUCGCGCGACGGCCAGGGCAAGGCCGAAAAAGCGGCGAUCCCGAGGGCGACGGGAGGCGAACGGACGGGGCUCGCCUUGAAGUGCAAGUCGGCCCGGGUGGCAAGUCGAAGCAAAUUGGGAGAGAAUGUGCAGAGCUCCGGGCGAGGGUCCGGCAAGAAAGAAGGAGCGGUUCCAAGUGCCGUGAAACCGUCUAUUCAUGCGGAACUUGAGCGCGACGACGGCGGCAGCGCUGUCGGGGAAGGUUCUGGAAAGGGUUUGUCGUUUUCGUGCAACCGGGUUCGGCCGCUGGGGGCGGAGGGACGUAGGCCAGGGGCACGGCCCGCCACCAUGGGACGGGCAAAACCCGCGGCCGCUCGGCAGGGGGCACCGGAGGCGGAGUGCCGUCUCAAGGUUCCCGCGAAGAAGCGGGCGCCGUCCGUCGCGAGCAAACGACCCAAGGUCCAGUUGAAAAUUGGCCCCGGCAGGCCGGCCAUGGUACCCGGCGCGGGCCGAGAAGAACAGGACCGGCUGACGGCGAAGAACAACGCAGAGCUACGUGCCAGAGGGGAGGAGGAGGAGGAGAGGGCGAUUCCGGAAUUGGCCAUAAAUGCAGUGCGGGUGAAGGAGAGAGGAGGGCGCAACGUGGGGGAGAGUGUAGUGGAGCGUGUUAGACCGAAUGUGGCGGUGGUGCCGCCAAAAGCGCGGCUCGCGGUGCAGCCGGACUGGGAGAUGAGUGCCAUCGUCGAGACGGAAACGACCGUGUAUGGGCACGACGACCCUCCGCGGUCAGCGUCGUUGGCUGUCGUUGGCGACGAGGGGGGCGGCGGGCAGCCGUGCCGCAUGGAGGUGGACUUGCCGCCACCGUCUUUCGCCGGCGGCGGAACUGCAGAGCCCUGCCGGCUGCACGUGGUCCUCGACACCAACGUCCUCCUGCAAGAGCUGCCACUCGUGCGUCGUUUGAGGGAGUGGCGCGUGCCUGGUCUCGGCGCCCCCACGCUGCUCGUGCCCUGGGCGGUUCUGCAGGAACUCGGCUCCCUCAAGGGCGGGCGGCGUCGGGCGGCGCGAGGAGCCACGGCGUCGGCGGGGGAGGAGGAGGCGGCGGACGGGGGCACGGCGGGGAUGGUGGAGCGCGCCACGAGCUACCUGAACGACUGCCUGGCACGCCGACUGCCGCGCCUGCGGGGCCAGUCGGUGCAGGAGGCGAGCCAGCGCCCGUGCGGCCUGUUGGAGGAGUCUAACAAUGAUGGCGUUCUGCAGUGCAGCCUGCAGUGCAAGCAACAGCACCCGUCCGCGCGCACUCUGCUGCUCACCGACGACGUGAACCUCUGCUCGAAGGCGCUGGUGAGCGGGCUCAACGCGUGCACGGUGCGAAACCUCGCGGCGGAACUCGGCCGGAUAGCCGACGAGGAGGCCGGCGCUCCCGCCCCGCCACGGCGCGUCGCCCCGUCCAGCCCUGAAUGCCAGCUGGCCGCUGGGAUGGACCGUUCCCGUGCACGAGCGGGGGACCGUACCGCUGUCAGCACGAGAGGGCAGGGUCCAGCCGGGCACGGGCAGAAAGAUGCCGGCUAUCAGCUGACUCAGCGCAUUCACCGCUUGCUGCACACGGACUUUAAGGAUGCCCUCGCUGCCAUCGUGGAGGAGGAGAUGAAGCUGGCCUACGAUGACAAAUGGCUGGACGUUGUGUGUAUGCCCCCUCCGUACACGCUGGCGCACGCCCUGCAUUGCCUGAACAAGCACUGGAGCGCCGUGUUCGGCUCGGUGGUGCGCCGCGGCCUGCAGCAGACCGUGAUGGCGCUGCAGAAGCAGCAGCACCGGCGUGUGUGGGGCAGGAAGGACGUCGCCGACGCACGCUGGGCCCCGGCGUCCCUGGACGGUGCCCUGACGAUCCUGCGGGAGUUCGGGAAGCGCUCCGAGUACGGCGGCUCCGUCCCCCGAGCCUACGCAGCGCUGAUGCCCCUCAAGCGCCUCGGCAAUCAGGAGGUGGUGGAGGCGGUCGGAGGCGACGAGGUGGCAGGCGAUGAGGUUGCGGCCGACGACGACGACGAUGCCGCCGCAGCGGAGGAGGAGGAGGCCGCGAGCACUCGGAGCGCGCCGAGGGCGGCCGAGGGGCCGGCGGUCGUGGACGCCGGCGCUCCCGGCGCGGCCGCCGGCCCCGCUAGCGGAGACCCCUGGGAGGUCUUGGAGGACGUGUGGAGGGCGGUCGACCAGUCCAGGGAGCUGAUCUGCGGGCACGCGGGGCGGCUGACCGUCAGCGCCGAAGUCUCGUCAGUGGCUCGGCCGGAUUGGGCCUUCCUGCAGGAGCUGGUGCCGGCCGUGCGCACCCUCGCCUCCUCCGUGGGCGCGGUCCUGGAAUCAAACUGCAGUGAACACAGCAUCACUCAGCUCUGCAAUGUCCUGCAGGGCUUCGUGAACUGCCAAGUGCUGAGGCUUCGACAGUGCACGCUGACCCCACAGAGCCUCUUCCAGUGUCUCUUUGGUCCACAGCAGAGGGAGAAGCUGGAGAUUGGAUGUGCCCAGCUGGUGGAGGCGGCGGCGAUGCUGGAGGGAGCGCGUCUGUCGCUGAUGCCACACGCACUGCUCGCCGGCUGGUCCUGAGCGCGAGUUGGGGGGGUCGUCUUCCCCCCUGGCCUCCCCUGGCCCCCCCCCCCCGCCCCCCCCCCCCCGCCCCUCCCGCUCCUCCUUACCCCUUCCCCCAUGCUUUGUCAAUUGAAUCGGGGGGCCCCAAACGAUGACAAUUUUCAUCGCUAGCCGGGAGUCAAUUGUUACACGCCCAAUUUAAUAGAACUACCGCGGUAUUUUUUUUUUCUUCCAGAUAAUAAAACGCCCUCCGGAAAGUAAAGCAGCAUCCCCCAAAACUUUCAGCGAUGUCAAUAAAAGUUGUACGACAUCAGCUCUCUCCCGCACGCAUACAUGCACAACAAUAGGGGCAAUGUCCUCACUGGCUUUAGAACACGGCGGAUAAAGCGUGCGUCUGUUCGCAGCCUUGCUGACUGCAACUUACUCUUCAGAGUUGUUGCUGCUGCAUUUGUUGGUUUUUCGGAAUUAAACAUUUUACUGAGCCGA